AUGGCUGAUCUCACAAAAUUAACUGCAAUGAAAACAUUCGAAUGUAAACAGCAAGCUGUGAGAGCGGUCCGUUAUAAUAUAGAUGGCUUCUACUGUUUGACUUGUGGUGCAGACAAAACAGUGAAGCUAUGGAACCCUCAAAAUAAAUUAUUACUCAAAACUUAUGCAGGACACGCAAAUGAAGUUUUAGAUGCUACAUGUUCGUGCGACAGCGGCCAAAUUGUAUCAUGCGGUUCAGAUAAAACUGUCAUUUUAUGGGACGUGAUCACCGCGAAGCCCUUGCGUCGUUUUCGAGGACACGCCAGCUCUGUUACUUGUGUAAAGCUUACUGAGGAAUCAACAAUGGCAGUGACAGGAUCCAUUGACAACACUGUGUGCUUGUGGGAUAUAGUAGGCCGCAGACAAGAGGCAAUACAAAUUUUAAAAGAUGCCAAAGACACUAUAACAUCUAUUCAAGUGACCGAUCAUGAAAUUUUAACUACAUCUGUAGACUGUCAUGUGCGAUUAUAUGAUGUGAGAGUUGGUAAAAUGUUUUCAGACUACAUCGGCCAUAUAAUUACUUAUGGAAAUAUAACUCAUGAUGGGCAGUGUCUUAUAAUAAGUUGUGCAGAUAGUACCAUUAAAUUGUUCAAUAAAGAUACCGGUGAGAUAUUAAAUACAUUUUCAGGGCACGAAGGCAAAGAUUUCUUGCUUGAAAAUGCUGUAAAUGAAAAAGAUAGUCACAUUAUUUCUGGUUCGGCUAGUGGUGAAAUUUUUUAUUACGAUUUAGUGUCUGGCGAAUGUAUUCUUAAAUUAAAACAUGGUCAGAAACCUGUGGUUUCUGUAAGCCAUCAUCCAAAUUUUAACUAUUUGCUAUCUGCUUGUGAAGACGAAGUUAAACUUUGGGGUAUUCCUUACACAGGAAAA